UGAACAGAAACUAGACAGCCUCCUUUGCUCCCUCGGUCCCUCCCAGUCUCCCAGUCCCGGCCCGGAAGAACAGGAGCCUUCGCAGAUCCGCCCCUCCCGCACCGCUCACCUCAUCGCCGUCGCCACCACUUCCACUGCCUCAUCCAUUCUCUCCACCACCCCCUGCUCCAGCCGCUUCCGCAGAGAAGGCGUGAGGUCCUGUGGGAAGGGGAGAAGACGGGAGGGCCCAAACCCUAGCCCGCGGGCUCCACCUCGCCGGCGGCGGCGGGGAUGGAUAUGGUUGUGUCGGCGCCGGCGCUACCCGCAGAGAUGGAGAUGGGGCUCAUACGGGACAUCACCGUCGCAGCCGAGGCCCAAGCCAAGGAGGGCGACACCUUCUUCCUCAUCACCACCAGGUGGUGGCAAAGUUGGAUUGAUUAUGUCAUUCAAGAUUUGACUAGUGUAACAAGUAAUGGUUCACAUCAUCACGAGUUUGGUUCAAAAACUCCUAGAAGGCCAGGAGCUAUUGACAAUACUGAUCUAAUUGAUGAUGCGGCACUUGAAGUCUCCAAUAUGGAGAUUGAGAUACAUGAUACCUUAGUUGAGGGUCGUGAUUACAUACUGCUUCCUCAGCAAGUAUGGGAAAAGUUGCAUGGUUGGUAUGGUGGAGGGCCAACGUUAGCAAGAAAAGCAAUCAAUACUGGCUUUUCUCAAACUGAUUUGGCCAUAGAAGUUUAUCCUCUACGUCUGCAGUUACUUCUAAUGUCAAGAGGAGAGCAAACCUUUAUAAGGAUAAGCAAGAAGGAUACAGUUCGUCAACUCCAUAAAAGGGCUUGUGAGGCUUUUGAUUUGACACCAGAUGAGGUAGCUGUUUCUUUUGAUGUUUAUGUUUCUUUUGGCUGCAAGGAAUUUUUUCAUAGUUACUGUGGUGAUCAUUGUCAGGUAUGCAUUUGGGACUAUUAUGGACGAACAAAGCAUACAUUGAUGGACAACUUGGAGAAAACUCUUGAUGAUGCCAACAUUCAGAUGGAUCAAGAUAUUCUAGUUGAGGUUACUACUGAUGCCAAUGGUGGUGCAGAUGGUGGAUGCAUGAGUUUGGUUAAAGGAAAUGGUUUCUUUGAGCGAGAGUCAACUUCUUUGAUGGCUGAUGCUCCAAGAUCAGGGUUGCCAAAUGAGAACUUUGCAGCCAACAACUAUGCUUCUAGAAGCUAUAACACUAGUUUGACGCCAAACAUCUACCAGCGAUCUCCCAACGGUGACCUCGAUAAUGUGCAUGGUUCUAGUGGCAUGAUCACAAGGGGAUCACCUUUAGGUCUUACAGGGUUACUUAAUCUGGGAAAUACAUGCUAUAUGAACAGUGCCAUACAGUGUCUUGUGCACACACCACAGUUUACUAGAUACUUUUGUGAAGAUUACCACCGGGAAAUAAACCGGCAAAAUCCACUGGGUAACGUGGGUGAACUUGCAUUAGCUUUUGGCGAGCUACUGAGAAAACUCUGGGCUCCUGGAGGACGUGGCCCAGUUUCUCCUAGACCAUUCAAAAUGAAGCUUUCUCGGUUUGCAUCUCAGUUCAGUGGAUACAACCAACAUGAUUCACAGGAGCUUUUGGCAUUCCUCUUGGAUGGACUCCAUGAGGACUUGAAUCGUGUGAAACAUAGACCUUACAUAAAUUCCGGAGAUGCUGAUGGACGAUCAGAUGAAGAAGUUGCGGAUGAAUAUUGGGCAAAUCAUAUUGCUAGAAACAAUUCAAUCAUUGUUGAUGUUUGCCAGGGCCAAUACAAGUCAACUUUGGUCUGCCCAGUCUGUGGAAAGGUUUCAGUGACGUUUGACCCAUUCAUGUAUCUUUCCUUGCCCUUACAAUUUGCCUCAACCCGGAGCAUGACUGCCGUGGUUUUUACUUGUGACGGAAGUGUUCCACCAACACAAUUCACUGUAAAUGUACCGAAGCAAGGUAGGUGCAGGGAUCUAUUACAAGCCCUCGGCAAUGCAUGCUCACUUAAAAAUGUGGAGAAACUUCUAAUUGCCGAGAUACGGAAUCAUAAGAUCUACCGUUUUCUUGAUGAUCCAGUGCUUCAACUGUCUACAAUAAGCGAUGAUGACCAUCUGGCAGUAUAUAGGCUCCCAAAACUGGAAAAGAGGGCCAAUUAUAUUCAGUUUGUGCAUCGUCAUGAAGACUUGGACCAUGCAAACAAUAACAGCUUGACAUCUUGGAAAUCCUAUGGUGUUCCUCUUCUUGCACAAAUACCUCGCAAUGAAACUGUAACUGGUUUUGAUAUCCAUGAGUUGGUUCAUAAAAUGCUUGUGCCCGUGCUAAGAAAUCAGGACUCACCACAGUUGGCUGCCCAAAAUUCUCUCUCCACAAGAAUGCAUAGUUAUAAUACUGACAGCAGCAAAUUUCAGCUACAAUUGAUUGAUGAUAGCAACACAGUCAUUGAAAAAUCAAAUGAUUCUAUCAGGGUCCCACAAUCUUCACUUGCAACAGUAUUUUUUAUCAAUUGGUCCAAGGAAGAUAUGAAAAAGAUUAACACUGGUCAUUUAGAAUACCUUCCAGAGGUGUUUAUGUAUGCUCCUCCUGCCAAGAGAACCCGUGGUGAAGCUCUCUCACUCUAUGCAUGCUUGGAUGCUUUCUUGAGAGAAGAACCUCUUGUACCUGAAGACAUGUGGUAUUGUCCAAGGUGCAAGGAGCAAAGGCAAGCUAGUAAAAAACUGGAUUUAUGGAGACUUCCAGAAGUGCUAGUCAUACAUCUCAAGAGAUUUUCAUUUAGUAGGUCAACAAAACAAAAGUUGGAAACUUUUGUCAAUUUUCCCAUACAUGACUUGGAUUUGACAAAUUAUAUUGCCAACAAAAAGAGUUCAGAGCGCCAGAUGUAUGAAUUGUAUGCUGUGAGCAAUCAUUAUGGCAGCAUGGCGAGCGGACAUUAUACUGCGCACAUAAAGCUUGUGGAUGAGAAUCGGUGGUACAACUUUGAUGAUAGCCAUGUUGGUGCCAUUGAUGAAGAUGAGGUGAAGACUGCUGCAGCUUAUGUGCUGUUCUACAGGAGAGUUAGAGAACAAGAUGGGGCAACUAGUAAUGGAUCUCAGUUAUAUGCAAAGAGAAGCCACAGACCUAGCCAUAGAUAGACUCAUCCAUUGUGCUGAUUCGAUGUGAGGAGAUUUUGGGAAUGGCACCUCCACCUCUUUUGUCGGAACUGCGAGGGCAUGCCUCUACUGUGGCAGGGAAAAGGCCCGUCAGAUGCAUUCAAUGUGAUAGCAUUAUCCAGGGUUAAGUCAUGAAAGAUUAAAGCUUAUUUCUACUGCUGUGCUGCUGCAGGAUGGGCAAUGCGCAAGGCACAUUGGGAGUGGAUAUACUGGGUAGCUUCAACUGGAAGGUAGAGCUUGGCGGCAUUUUGGUUAUCUGUUUUGGUCUAGAAGAGAAACAAGAUGAAGCAAGAAAAAAAAAUUAGGAACACCUUUUGUUUAAGUCUAUUUCCAUGAUUCCGUACCAUUUUUAGAUUUAGUUAGCUUGUACACAUAGACUGUUGUUAGAGAUGGGUGUGCCGGUGUUUUGUUGUUGCUUGUGGUGGCCAACUACAUCAGCACCCAAUUAUACCAAGCUGUGAAUGCGCUUUUGACACUCAGUUCCCAGAUUGAUGUACGGAGUUCUGUUGUUACAGCAAGAGUUGUAACUUUUGAUGUACUUUUAUUGUACUGGCAGCAGUUCCCAGAUUGUAAAAUGUAUUGAAUUGCUAACAUCGAUGGUAGGAAUUCCCCUAUGUGUUUGGUGGAGAUAGAAAUGUUUGUUGGAAAAAGUUUAAAA